GACGUCGACAUCCUUAAGCUGCAGUUUAGUUGUGGCAGCAGCUUCAUGAAGCAGUAUGGCUUCUUAACUUGAACCAUUUCAUCAGAUGGACUGCUGCAUUGCAUCUGCCCUGUGGUGGUUUAUUCCACUUUGUUUACUUGUUCACUUCCUGUGUUUCUUCGCGGAUGCAGACUUCACUCUGCUCUGGGCAGGUCUGCUCGGACACCGGCCAGAGAAUAAACUGAAAGGGCUGGUGGUUUGGGUCACUGGAGCCUCCAGUGGUAUUGGAGAGGAGCUGGCCCACCAGCUGGCACGGUGUGGGUCACGUCUCAUCCUGUCUGCUCGACGUGAGGAUGAGCUAAAGAGGGUGAAACGUAGCUGUUUAGAGUGCUCCGACCUUCAGGAUGAAGAUAUUCGUGUUCUUCCACUUGAUUUGUUGGAGAGGACAUCGCAUGAGGAAAAAGCCAAAGCUGCAAUUCAGUUCUUUGGACAUAUUGAUGUCCUAAUUAACAAUGGGGGCCGAAGCCAGCGCUCUCUGUGCUUGGAGACCAGUCUUGAUGUGUAUCAGGCCUUGAUGGAGCUCAACUUCCUGGGUACGGUCUCCAUCACCAAGCAGGUGCUGCCGCACAUGACGCAGCGAGGCACAGGGAGCAUUGUGACUGUCAGCAGCGUCGUCGGCCUCGCAGGGGCGCCCCUGGCAACAGGAUACUCUGCCAGCAAACAUGCUCUUCAGGGUUUCUUUAAUUCUCUUAGGACCGAGCUGACUGACUUUCCAAACAUACUCAUCAGCACGGUGUGUCCAGGGCCUGUGCAAUCCCAGAUUGUCCAAAAUGCCUUUACGGAGGAAUUGCACAAGCCCAUGGCUACAGCAGGUAACCAGGAGCACAAGAUGCCAACGAGUCGCUGUGUGCGUUUAAUGCUGGUGGGAAUUGCCAAUGGUGUCAAGGAAAUGUGGAUUGCACAGCAGCCCUUCCUCCUGUUCUACUACAUCUGGCAGUAUGCGCCCACAUUUGCCUGGUUCACCACAAACAUGUUGGGCAGAAAAAGGGUGCAGAAUUUCAAAGAUGGUCUGGAUGCAGACACUGCUUACUUCACUAAGCCCAAAACCUCCUGAGAGAAACGCAUGUAUUCCUGAUGUCCCACCUGGAAAAUGAUAUACGUUUUUCUACAAAAAAUGUAUUUUCCUUCAUCCCAAAGAAAAACUUUUAAAGACAACUUCUGUGACAGCUCAGAGCGCAGUGUUUGACAGGGUCUGAUAAAAAUGGGUACGUUUUUAUUUCCGAAGUCUUUCAUCUCAAAUGUUAUAUGAUUAGAUUAGUUAUAUAACAAUCAUCUUCAGAGUAUGUUCAUUUCUGGCUGAAAGCCUACAUUAAUUAUGCAAUGGGGGUUAUAGAUUCAAUGUAACGAAGCACCAUCACUAACCUUUGAAAUGCCUAAUAAAAUGUUGUUGGGAUCAA